CUGAUGGAAAACUACACCUACAACAGCUUCACUCUCCACCUGGAGGCGCUGCCAGUCACUGAGGACUCCGUGUACCCUGUCUUUCUCAUCAUCUUUUUCUCCUACCUGUUUAUAAUGUUUGCCAAUGUGGGCAUCAUAGUCAUUGUGUGUAUUGAGAAAAGCCUUCAUCAGCCUAUGUAUUUCCUUUUCUGCAAUCUCUCAGUCAACGACAUCCUUGGCAAUACCAACAUGCUGCCCCGGCUGCUUUCAAACAUGGUGUUGCCUCCCUCUGAACGCCUCAUCAGCUAUUAUGAGUGUGUGGCCCAAGCCUUCACCAUACACACAUUUGCCACUGCCUCUCACACAAUACUAAUGAUCAUGGCCUUUGACAGGUAUGUGGCCAUCUGCAAUCCCCUGCGCUAUGCUACCAUCAUGACCAACAAAAUGGUUCUGAAGCUGACUGCCUGUGCUUGGGGAGUGGCCUUAGUUUUGGUGGCUGUUCUGCUCGGUCUGACCGUUCGACUGAACCGAUGCAGGACUGUGAUCACGAAUCUUUACUGUGACAACGCCUCGCUGUUUAAGCUCUCCUGCGAAAGCGUCUUCAUCAACAACGUCUACGGCCUCACCUUCACCGUGGUCCUGCUGACGUCGUCUGUCGGCAGUAUGGUUCUCACCUACACAAAGAUCACAGCGGUCUGCCUGACCAGCAAAAACACGUCUUUGAACAGUAAAGCCUUGAAGACCUGCAGCACUCAUCUCUGCCUGUAUCUGAUCAUGUUUUUCAGUGGCAUGGUUCCCAUUGCCCUUCAUCGAUUCCCACAGUACACAUUUCAGAAGAAAGUUUGGUCUAUUCUUUUGCAUGUAAUCCCCGGCACCCUCAACCCUGUCAUUUAUGGAGCCCAGUCAAAAGAGAUACGCAAAUUCUUAUUAAAUAUGUUCCAUUUGAAAAAAAAAUGGGAUUUUAAAAUGAGAAUCUCAUGUUGUAUGUAUUAA